GUCACUCGCGCCCGGACUUUCCCCCUGAAAAGCCCGGAGCCGCCGCGCGCCCGCCCGGGGAGGCCGUGAGUCCGGGAGUCGGGCCGGCGCGUGUCCUUCUUUCUUCUGCGUCCCCCCCGUCGAGUGCGCCAGGUCCAUGACCAUGACCGCCGUCGCCGCAGACACCAUGCGCUCGGACGCCGAGGAGGCCCGGGAAGUGGCCACAGAUGUCUUUAAUUCCAAAAACCUGGCCGUCCAGGCACAGAAGAAAAUCUUGGGUAAGAUGGUGUCCAAGUCUAUCGCCACCACCUUGAUCGACGACACGAGCAGUGAAGUCCUGGACGAGCUGUACAGAGUGACCAAGGAGUACACCCAGAACAAGAAAGAGGCCGAGAAAAUCAUCAAAAACCUCAUCAAAACCGUCAUCAAGCUGGCCAUCCUCUACAGGAAUAACCAGUUCAAUCAAGACGAGCUGGCGCUGAUGGAGAAGUUCAAGAAGAAAGUGCAUCAGCUGGCCAUGACGGUGGUCAGUUUCCACCAAGUGGAUUAUACCUUUGACCGCAACGUGCUGUCCCGGCUGCUCAACGAGUGCCGGGAGCUGCUCCACCAGAUCAUCCAGCGUCACCUCACCGCCAAGUCCCACGGACGGAUUAAUAAUGUCUUUGAUCAUUUUUCAGAUUGUGAUUUUUUGGCCGCUUUGUACAAUCCCUUUGGGAAUUUUAAGCCCCACUUACAAAAACUCUGUGAUGGUAUCAACAAAAUGUUGGAUGAGGAGAACAUCUGAGCGCACACGCACAGGUCAUGACUGCUCGCGAGGUCUUGGAAGAUGGAGCACUGCUGAUUUGUGAAGGAGAAAGGGAUUUCUGAGCGAUGACCCGUAUGGAGGCCUUUACCACAUUCACUCGUCCGACGUUAAUGGUAGUGUUUUCUGAGGCUCUUCGCAUUGUCAGAUGUACUGGCUGAGAGCUUCCUCAUACUUGGCCGCAGGCUGACAAUGUGGAGUUAUACCUGGAAAAGUCCUUCUGGCUUCAAACCUCAGAACAUCUUCCUCGAUGUGGUGGUCGUGUCGGUGGCACAUUGGAUAUUAUAUGUACAGAACUAUGUAUUUUGGUUUUCUUAUAUUUCUUUCUAUGGACAUGUACCUCUUUUUAGAAGCCAACAGCUUUCUCCUGCUGUCAUUGUUCUUUUUGCAACAGUCUCAUUUUCCAGCCUACCUUUUGUUAAAGAUUUUGUCCUUGACAUUCAGGAAUCAAGUCUUAAUUGUGAAUUAAGGUAGUCAAACUGAACCCAUGGAAAAGUAGAAAACUCCUUCUGUGAAAUCAUUAUUGUAAAAACAACUCCUUUGACAUGAUGAAUAAUGUUGAUUAUCUAUGCUUCUGGACUGGAGAGAUAGUUUGAUAGGUAUCUUGCAGGUAGGAUGCUUGCCUUGCAUGCAGCCAAUCCUGGUUUUAUCUCUGGUACCAUGUAGAGACACCCAAGAGUGCUAGGAGUGGUGAGCACAAAGCCAGGAGUAAACCCUGAGUACCAGCAGGCGUGAUCCAGAAAUCAUACACAUUAACACACGCACACACACACACACACACACACACACACACACACACACACACACACUCUCUCUCUCUCUCUCCUGGAAUCAAGUUUUUUCAGCAGUGCCAGGAAUUGAACCUAGGGCCUCACACAUACAAGGCAAGUGCUUUACUGUUAAGCCAUAUACCCUGGCCUAUGUUCUGUCUUUUAGUACCAGCAGUUAUACUUCCCCAAAAUGUGAUAAUUUCCCCAAACCAUAAUGGCAUGUCAUGGCCCUAGAAGGCUUGCUGAGAGCUUAACUUUCAUGUUAUCUUUGAACAUUUUCUGAUGAAAUCUUAAUUUUUAAUAUCUGUUUCAAGUCUAACAGACAGAAUCUAGAUAGUUCCUGACAUUGGAACAGUAAAAAGUGGUGUCAAGAAUUGUAAAUCAAUCAUUUGGUAAGAGAUUCACCAAAUUAUUUAGGGGAGUGGGGGGGGGCAAAAGGGAAUAAGGGAUAUUGCUGCAGAACAUGAAAA